AUGUACAAUAACAAGAUUGUUUGUAAGCAUUGGUUGAGAGGGUUGUGUAAAAAGAAUGACCACUGUGAGUUCUUGCACGAGUACAAUUUGAGAAAAAUGCCCGAGUGCUUAUUUUAUCUGAAGAACGGUUACUGUACCCAAACUCCAGAAUGUCUUUAUUUGCAUAUUGAUCCACAACAAAAGAUACCUGAGUGUCUGCAAUAUGAAAAAGGGUUUUGUCCUGAGGGACCCAAAUGCCCAAAUCGUCAUAUUAGGAAGAUUAUGUGCCCGCUUUAUUUGACUGGAUUCUGUCCGAAGGGCCCUGACUGUGAUUAUAGCCAUCCUAAAUUCGACAAUCUACCUCCUAAACUUAGGGUGGAGCACAAGAGGCUUAUAAAGGGUGAAACUAAAGAAGUCGAGAAGAUUUCGUAUGACCAACCACUCACGGAAGUCGUUAGAGAUAGAAGGUAA